GGUGUCGUUCCCUGGCGCGACAUUUCACGAGCUUCUCUGCUGUUGCACAGCUUAGGGCGGUGUCGGUCCUCCUGCGAGUAGGGGUGUCGUUCCCCAGUGUGACAGUUAAACACCCACCUGAAGCUACGAGCUUUUGGGAAAAUUUCGAGUUAGAAAGACAGCUGGCGAUAAAGGAGGAUAUUUUCGACAAAAAAUCGCAGAUCGACGCAUUAAAUGUGCUUGAUGCUUCUCGUAGUCAAAAAAGCAACGAACAUAUUAGUAAAGUUAAUUCACGCGCAGAAUCCGCAGAUACAUCAUCUGGACAAAAGCGUAAAAAAAGAAAUCUAUCCCUCUCGAAAAAGAAUAAACAAUCGGUCGACUCGGCUGUUUCAAAAAAGGCCAAAACCAUCAGCGGGGAUGUGGAGGAUGAUGAUCCAUUCAUAAACAAUAAUAGAACCGAAGGAUCUACACAUUCGAAAGCUACACCAUCAUCAUUAGGUUCACAAUCCUUGGAGAUGCCAAUUGGAGCUACGGAAAUGACUA